GCUCGGUGGACGGAUCGGUGAAAAAAUCCGGAGCGGUGUCCCCCAGUCUUGUACCGGCUCAGCACUUCCCCCCCCCCCCACCUCUCCUCCUCUCCGGUCCCGGGACUAUGAAGUGUGUUGUGUAGUUGGGGGAAGAGGUCGGUGGCCCCCCGGUAUGUCCUCCGCCGGGCUCCUGUGAUUUUUUUGGGGUGAUUUCUUGUGAUUUUUUUGGGGGGCGGGGGGCUGGGAGAGAAGCGAUCACCGCAGCAAGCUGGCUCUCCCGGUGCCCGGUCCUCCCGGUAGUGUUGUGGUGUCCCCCGUGUGGAGGGCUGCGAGCAGCAGAAGGAUGGCAUCAGAUCUGGCAAUGAGCAGCUCCGACCUGCCCACCAGUCCCCUGGCCAUGGAAUAUGUUAAUGACUUCGAUCUGAUGAAGUUCGAAGUGAAGAAGGAGCCGGUGGAGACCGACCGCAUCAUCAGCCAGUGCGGCCGCCUGAUCGCCGGGGGAUCGCUGUCUUCCACCCCGAUGAGCACGCCCUGCAGCUCGGUUCCCCCUUCCCCGAGCUUCUCGGCGCCCAGCCCGAGCUCCGGGAGCGACCAAAAGAGCCACCUAGAAGACUACUACUGGAUGACCGGCUACCCCCAGCAGAUCAACCCGGAGGCGCUGGGCUUCAGCCCGGAGGACGCGGUGGAAGCGCUGAUCAGCAACGGCGGCAACCCCCAGCAGCAGCAGCAACAGCAGCAGCAGCAACUCCAGCAGGGCGGCUACGAUGGCUUCGCCCGGGCGGCGCAGCAGUACGGCGGCUCCUCGGGGGCCAUGCCCGGGGAAGAACUCGGCUCCGCCGCCGCGGUGGUCUCCGCAGUGAUCGCCGCCGCGCAAAACGGAGCGCCCCACCACCACCACCAUCAUCACCACCCCGGGGCAGGAGGAGGGCUGCCGGGUUCCUCCGGCAGCAGCGGAGUCUCACCGGCUUCCUCCGGGAUGCACCCCCACCAUCAUCACCACCACCACCACCUGCACUUCGACGAUCGCUUCUCCGACGACCAGCUGGUCUCCAUGUCCGUGCGGGAGCUCAACCGGCAGCUGCGGGGGGUCAGCAAGGAGGAGGUGAUCCGGCUGAAGCAGAAGAGGAGGACCCUGAAGAACCGGGGCUACGCUCAGUCGUGCCGCUUCAAGAGGGUGCAGCAGAGGCACGUCCUGGAGUCCGAGAAGAACCAGCUGCUGCAGCAAGUGGAGCACCUCAAGCAGGAGAUCUCAAGGCUGCUUCGGGAGAGGGAUGCCUACAAGGAAAAGUAUGAGAAGCUCCUGGGAAGCGGCUUCCGAGAAAACGGCUCCAGCAACAGUGAAAACCCUUCAUCUCCGGAGUAUUUCAUGUCAUGAGUUUAUGAGCUUGCUGUGUCAAAGACAGAAAGAAAGAGAAAAAGCAGAAUUGUUGCCAUCCCGAGUCCUUCAUAUGAGCUUGCAAUAAAAAAAAAAAAAUGUGAAUUUUUAGACUGUCUCGCUGAAUUCAUCAUUUUGAGAGUUGCUGACCUAAAACAAACAAAAAUAAGUAAAAAAUAAAUGAGGAGAUGACGUGUAAAGCAACCUGCCAAAAUGAAGCCUCUUCAUCAAAAACUUCAGUUUUUCAUGUGACUGUAUGGCCCAGAAUGACUGAAACUGGCCUGCCAUUAAAAUCCAUGCUCAUCUCAUGCAUUGUGCUUGCUGUUAUGUCUUGGCAACAAAGAACUGUAAAUGUCAUAAGACUUUAUGGAAAAAUAGACAAUAUAUUAUUAAGAAGGCCCUGCAUGCUGGACAUGUAUGGUAUAAUUAUUAUUUUUUUUUUCUGUUUUUUUUUUUUUCUUUUGCUUGGAAAAUGGACUUCUGGACAAAAUAUGGCAUGACAUUAUUAUUAUUUUUUUGUUACUCAUCACUUAAAGACAAAAAAAGUGCAAUCUAGAUCUUCCCCUAACAUUUGCAUCUGCUAGAGAAAUAAACAAUGCUUUUUUUUUUGUUUUGUUUUAAUUUUGCAUAGUUGCAAAAUGUCUUUGUUAUUAUUUUAAAAUGCACUGAUUGCUUUUCCUCCAAAAGAUGGCAAAAUGGAUUUUUCAUAUUUUAAAUGUGGCAAAAUUUAAAAAAAUAUAAGCAACUUUGAGGAACUUGUGUUGGGACUAAAUGCUGUGAGCUAAUGACGGUCUUAAAUUUUAUUUAAAAAGAAGUAAAAAAAAAACACCCUUUUUUGCAUUUGGUUGCUGUCAAAUGUGGAAUGCUAUGGGUUUGUAGUACAUAUUUUUAUGUUUAUUUUCCGUAGAAUUUGUGAGCGCUUCUUAAAUGUUUGCAACAGAUAAAAGGAAUGUUUUAGUUUUAAUGGAACAGGUUAGACCCAUUUUAGAUGUAGUAUAUUUUACAGAUGAUGCACUAAGUUGUUCACUGUCGUGAUGUUGAAAGGGGUGUAGGAAUGGGACUAUUUUUAAAGGUAGUUUCCAACGCAUGUGCUUGCAACUUAAAUAUAAGUUGGGUAUGUGUUAAAAAAAAAAAAAAACCCAAGCUUUACCACUGACUGUAUUUUAAAACCAAAGUAUUAAAAGGGUAGAUAGCCUUAUGUAUAUUCAAGGGGUAGAUGCAUUCAAAAGUGUCUGUUUUUUUUUUUGUUUUUUGUUUUUUUAUUAUUUUUUUUUUUUUAAAUUGAAGUAUUUGGGACUGAAUUGCACUAAGAUAUAACCUGCAAGCAUAAAAUAAAAUGCAAAUUUGUUUUAGAACGCUAAUACAAAAAUGAUGCAGUUAUCAAGGCAUUACUGCACACUUUUUAAAACAAUGCAGAUUAUCUUUUUUUUAUUAUUUACAGUUUAAUAUUAUGGCGCAGAACUGGAUCUUCUGUAGCGUCACAAAUUUCACAAGUCUUAAAAUGCAAUAACCAGGAAAAUGUAUUAUCAGGGACUGAUAACAUGUCUUUUUACAAAUGAACGUAAAACUUAUCCAUAUUAGAUAGAAAUCUGUGUCAGCUAUAUAAUGUUAUUUUUGUUUGUUUGUUUUCCUAUCCAUAUUUUGCUGUGCAAAAUUUUUUUUUUUAUAUUUUGAGUUACUAACGAAAUGUGAUGUAUUUUGUGCUCUGUCAUUUCACGUCCUAUGGUCAUAUCAAAAAUGAAAAAAAUAAUCUACAAUAAUAAACUGCAGUUUUUGAUUCUGAA